AUGUCCUUGUCCGCUCUGCCGCAGCCCCCUCGGCCAUCCACAAAUCCCCCGACCGGAUCUUUACCUCCACUCCCGACUCCGAGAAGCAAAAAAACUAUGCCAACACCCGACGGUCCUCGUGCUGUCUCGCCAUAUCAACUUUCCAAGCUCCGGACGCCGUCGAGUCCUCGGCCCCCAUCGCUCAGUCGAUCCCCGCUGUCCACCUCCACCUCCACUUCCAAUCUGACCACCGCCCGGUCCGUCUCAACGGGUCGCACCCCCGGUAGUCCCGACAAGGCUCUACGCCGAACGAUCAGUAUUGCAUCGUUUCCUCAGCCUCCCAAAGCCGCCAGCCGUCCGUCCACGGCCGCCUCCGCCACGAUAUCGAGCCUACAGGGUUCCGCCGCCGCCACGGCGAGCGGGAAUGCGAAGCUCCAGCGGAGAGGGUCCCGCCUGAGUACGGGGACGGUCGCAAGCCAUCGCAGCUCCCGACCACCGUCAUUACUGAAUGGUAGCGCCGAUGGGAAAUCGAUCCCCGCCGAGGCGCGGGAUGCAGAGGCGUCCCCCUCCCACAGUCGGAGUUCCUCGGCGGGAGGUUCCUGUGCGACGAGCGUGACGACGUUUGAGGAUACGGAGGAUUCCGCGGGUGGUGCGGCCAAGGGGAGCAAGACCAAGGAAUCCAAGGGUAAUGUGAUUGUCAGUGUUCGUGUUCGUCCCGAUACGAGCACCGGAGGGGAAACGCCUCGGAAUCAUGGCGAGUGGUCGCUGGACGGCCGGCGCAGCUUGAUUUCUCAUCGAGGCAAAGAUGGCGGAGACUAUUACUAUGACAAUGUCUUUACCCCGGUGGAAAAUAAUGCCAAAGUGUAUGAUGCAGCCGCCAAGCGACUGGUGCGGCGGGUCAUGGAAGGCUAUCACGGCACAGUCUUCGCCUACGGAAUGACGGGCACCGGUAAGACAUUCUCCAUGCAAGGUACCGCCACCUCUCCCGGUGUCAUUCCCCUCGCCAUUACCGACAUCUUCUCCUUUAUUCGCGAAACCCCCCAUCGAGAAUUCUUACUCCGGGUGAGCUACCUGGAAAUCUACAAUGAGCGGAUCCAUGACCUGCUCUCCACCUCGGUCACCAACGGCGUGGCGGCGCCCCCGCAAGAAGAGAUCAAGCUUCGUGAGGACAGCAAGCGGGGCGUGUACGCGACGCCGCUCAAGGAGGAGAUUGUGCAGAGUCCCACGCAACUCUUGCGGGUGAUCGCCCGCGGAGAUCAUGCUCGCCGGACGAGCAGCACCCAGUUUAAUGCGCGCAGUUCGCGAAGUCACGCGGUGGUGCAGAUCGUCGUGGAAAGUCGAGAGCGAGUGCCGCCGGGGGAUGCACCGGAGAAGCGGACGGUCGUGCCGCCCGGUGGUGUGCGCGUUUCGACACUCAGCCUGAUCGAUCUGGCGGGCUCGGAGCGCGCCGCCGACGAUAAGGAGCGCCGAACGGAAGGGGCCCACAUCAACAAGAGUCUACUCACCCUGGGUAAUAUCAUCUCCAAACUGUCCGAGAACAAGGACAAGCAAGGCAACCCCACAGAUAAGGAUGGUCGACAUUUGCCGUAUCGGGAUUCCAAAUUGACGCGGCUGUUGCAGCCGGCAUUGUCCGGCAAUUCUCUCGUCAGUAUUCUGUGCACGGUGCAGUUGGUCAACGGGAUCAACGCGCACUCGGGCGAGACGCUCAACACGCUCAAGUUCGCGGCCCGCGCCAAGAACAGUAUUGUCAGCCAUGCCAAAAAGGCCGAGGAGGCGUACGGCAGUGGAGGCGGCGAUGCUGGCAGUCGGGUCCUGCUGGAGCGCUACCGCAUGGAGAUUCAAGCCCUGCGAGGCCAGUUAGAUAGCCAGGCCAAGGCCCAGGCGGAAAAGGAACUCAAAUGGGACGAGCAGCAGUUUGAAAAGGAGGCGCAGGCGCGACACGAAGAGCAAGUGCUGGAAAUGCAAUUGGCGCGAACGGCGUUGAAGGAACGCAUUGAGCAUUUGAACCGUCUCAUUCUGAGCUCCAAAUCGACGGGGGUGAACCACCAUGGGAACCUCUCGUCUGCCUUUGGACGUUUGUCCAGGAUGUCCUCCACCGAUGCGGGAACACGCUCGCUGCGAUCUUCUGCCAGUCAAUCCACAUUGGGCGCAGUGCACUCCAAUCGACCCAUGUCCUUUAUGUCGGUCAACAGCAGUUGUCCGUCGAUCCCCUAUGUCCCCGGCUCGUUUGGGAACGAGGAGGAUGACGAUCUCGGCGAAUUCGGAGAUGGGAAAGCCAGUUUGCAGCGACAGGUUGCUGCCUUGCAAGCAGAUCUGAGUGACAAGAACCGAUAUAUCUCCACGUUGGAGCGGCGGCUCCUUCAAGCGCGUCGUUCCAGUCACUCGCGCAUGUCAGCGGGCGUCAAGUCCAACGCUUCAUCUCCCGCCACGAUAUCCGAGCACCCGGACACGACGACCCUGCUUCGGGAGAAGGACAUGGAGAUCAACGAGCUCCGCUCCCAAUUGGAUGAUAAAGAUCGAAUGCUUGCGGCCCUUCGAUCGGCUGCGCGCCACCGCGAUCUCGCAGUGGUCACGGCUGAGUCUUCAAUACCGGAGCUAAAGGUCAAACUGGACGCCACGCCGUCCAGGCGAAGCAGUACGAAUAUCUCGCCCCCCAAUGAGUCCAAUGAGAAAAACCUCAGCCCCACGAGGCGUGUUGCCUCGCUCAGGGCGGCCGAAAGGUACGGUGAUCGACGGAAGAGCGUGGACGAGGUCUCGCGAAUGCUGGACGAGAUGAUCCAGAGCCGCGUGGAAAGUGGCCAUCUCGAGAGAAACUCGGCUGGACAUUUGAAGCAAUUGUCAUCCGACAGUCGGCGGGGGUCAAUGCUGGCAGAAGUGCGAGCGUUGACUCCAACACCAUCCAUUUCGGUGGAGCCAAUACCGGGGGACACUCCGGCUAAUCAUGUAUAG